AUGUCGGCUCCAUCCCGACUCGCUGUGUCGGUCGACUGGAUGAAAGCUGGCUGCGAUCAAAGGGUCUCACAGAUCAAGAAUGCAGCAUGCUGCAGCGUGGUUGCGUGUCGCAUGAUGGCGUCCCUUGCGACAUCUCGAUGCUUGGAGAUCCUGGUUUCUGCCCCUAUGACCGGCAAACCUUGCAACCCAGAUGGGAGGCCAAGGGCGGCUUUCUGCAGCUCAGUCUUGGAGACCUCCGCGACAAGUGGGGCGAAGAGGCCUUGCCGAACCCGCCAGACCUGA